UAAGCUUUAAGUCUAUCGCUAGACUGUCCACAGGUUUCCUAAUCUUCUUUGUCUUUUAGCCUUUCUAUAUUAUCCAACAUAUCUUUAAAUUUCUUUAAUUGACAUCUCCCUAGCCUAUAUAAAGGCAUAAGCAUGAGUGGCACUGAUAAGCAAAAUAAGAGGGAAUAUUAAGAUGACAUCUUCUAUGGUCUCUUCCAUGGCUCUCUUUCUCCUUCUUCUUCUUGUGUUUCCGCAUAUGGAUAAAGCCCUUGGCGCACAAGAGGAAGCCCAGAAACAAAGGAUUCCUCGUUUCAGAUGUUCUCCACGAAUCCCCUUUUGUACAAAUCCAAACCUACCUUCUCCUCCGCCCCACAGGUCUUUCAAAGGCACACUCGAACCUGGUCAUUGACUUCACUCUAGCUUCGAAUGCGUGUGAACGUGUGCAUGUUUCUUACAUUGUGCUUUGGUUUGUGGUUUCUAUCCUUGUUUAUCUUUGCAUGUGUUUGUCAUAUUUUACAGUUUUAUCGAACCGUCGCUUGAAUAAAUAAAUUUGCAUGUCCUUUUAUGUUUAAGACCGCCUCUCUCUACUUACGUUGGAUCGUUCAAACAUUUCUUAACA